AUGACGGCUCUAAUGAAGGAACCCCAAUUGAUGCACAGAGUGCAAACAGAGAUUCGAACCUCGAUCGACAAAAAAACAAUGGUGGAUGAAGAUGAUCUGCAUAAACUUCCUUACCUAAAAGCAGUCAUAAAUGAGUCUUUCAGAUUGUAUCCUCCAGCCCCACUACUCCUCCCUAGAGAAACAAUAGAAAAAUGCACUCUAGACGGCUACGAUAUUCAACCUAAAUCCAUCGUUUAUGUUAAUGCAUGGGCAGUUGCUAGAGAUCCCGAGCGUUGGGAUAAUCCAGAUGAGUUCUUGCCCGAGAGAUUCCUAAACAACAACAUCGACAUAAAAGGACAGGAUUUUGGGGUGGUCCCGUUUGGAUCUGGCCGAAGGAGUUGCCCCGGGAUGUUUUUGGGACUUGCAACCGUGGAGCUCACGAUUGCGAAUAUGCUCUAUUCAUUUGACUGGGAAUUGCCUCAAGGGAUUCAACCGAAAGAUGUUGAUACCGAGCCUUUGUUGGGUCUCGCCACGCAUAAGAAAAAUCCACUUCUACUUGUGCCUAAGAGAUACGUUGUUAAUUAG